AUGCCUCCUACCGCCGCCGACCCUGACAUCGCCGACACCUCUUCCUCCCCACACGUCUCGCAGACGCCGCCACCACCUUCUGCUCACCUCGAACGCGAACGCGGCGACGAACCUACCUCACCACACGACAACAUCACCGCCACCUCAAACAUCGCCAUGGGCACGCCAGUCAGCAGGGUUGAAGCGUCACCAGACACGCGCGUUGCGGGCGCUGAGGCGGCAGCGCAAGUGAGGAGCGACAGCGUAGCGGUGAGCCGAAAGGGGAAGGAGCGGGUGGGUGAGGGGAGUAUGGAGAGCAGGGUGGAAGAGAGCAAGGAGUCGACGCCAACAAUGGAGGAGGAGAUGGCGGCUAGGAGCAAGAUGCGAUUGGGGAGCGGACUGGAGGGAGGCGGGCAGACGGCUGGUGGUGGGGCGGAGAAAAAGCAGGGGAAGGCUACCGCAGUCAUGGGGAUGAGGGCUGCUGGUGGGGCGAGGGGCGAGAGGGUGAAUGUGAGGAGGAAGAACGAGUGGACUAUCGAGUCGAGGAGUGGUUUGGGCUGGAAGACCGGGCGGCCGACAGCUGGUCCUGGAGAUGGGAGCGGGCCGUCUGGAAAAAGGUAUUUGGACUCGACAGCGCAGUCAUCUCCUGGACCCGUCGAGAAGCGGCAGAAGGUGGAUUUGGCAGAGGCCAGCGCCCAGCAGCAAGUCAAGCUGCCGCCGUGGAAGAGUCUUGUGCCGCGAGUCGAGAGGCUGCUUCUGGAAGCUCAGGCGCACGACAAGGACCUUGAGACGUACAGGGCUCGGAUCAGGGAGUUGGAGAAUAUGGCCAGAGAGCAGCAGACGCUUCUUGAUGCGUACAGAGCCGAGGAAACCGACCUAUCUGACUCUGACGUUAACUACGGCAAGGUUGCCAGCCAUCUGGAGCGCAAGAAAGUCCAGUUGGAGCAGAAGGGAGAGCAGCUCUACAAGAUGUCCAAGGAGAAGGUCGAGCUGAAGAAGAAAAUCACCGAAUUGAAGAACGAGAACGCGGCACUUCUCAAGAAGAACGAGCAAUGGGAGGACAGUGACGAUAUUCUAAGGGAAAGGCUCGAAAAACAAGCAAAUGAGUAUAAGAAGCUUUCCGCGGAAAAGAAAGAAGUCAGCAAGGAGCUCACAGCGAAGAGGAACGAGGCCGAAUCCCUCAAGAAGAAGCUCCAGACGGCCGAAAAGAAACUGGACAAGGAUGAGGAAAAAAUAGCCGAUUUGACGGAAAACCGUGAUGAGUGGAAAGAAAGGUAUUCAAAGGCCUUCCGAGCAGGCAAGACAGAGAUAGAAAAGCACAGGAAAGAGACCAACGAGUUGACCAAGGAAAUCCAAAAGCUGAACAAGGACCAAGAUGCCAUGGAGAACACCAUCGAGAAACUUAAAGAAAACCUUGAGAAAACGGGGGAAAGGCUCAACAAGGCAAAGGACAAGAGAAGCCCUUGCGAACUGUGCACUAACAAGAUGUGGGCUGCUGCACUGCACUUGACUCUACAGGCUUGCGAGGAUCAGGAGAACGGCCAGGAUGUCUCACUGGAGGUGAUCCACCGUAUGCUCAAACAACUAGUCGAAAAGCUCCCCGAGAUUGAGAAAAUCCGCGACGCGGGCCGCGCAUUCAUCCCCAAGGUGCCGCAUUACUUCGAACAGAAGUCUUCGGAGAGCGCCGGCAGCUCCGCUUCUGGACAGAAAGCUUUAGCAGGCGGACUCUGUGCCAUGUGCACCAAUGACGAAAUAUUACGGGCUCUUUACUGGGUGGUCGAAGCAUGCGAAGUCCCCCAGGAAACAGAUUAUUGGCAUACCAAGCUCGUGAGCCAGAUGUAUGCCUGGCAAGACGCCUAUCCAGAUCUUAUCCAAAGGUGCCUGGAUGGAUGGAAUGCCGAGCGUCCCAUUGAUGUCCCGUCGGAUGACUCUGAUGAUGAUGAAGAGGCCGAACAGCAAGAUGCCGGAGAUUCCGAAGAGCACGACGUUCCACGGGAAAAGACCAUGGAGGAGAAAAUCCAGGAGAAGCAUGGCGAGUUCUACAUUCUUCUCGUCAGGGUGCAGCAGACCAUCCAAGCCUUCCACGAAGCUGGUAUGCCUCUUGCUGAACUGGGUGGAGCGUUCAAGGAUUUGAAGGCGGAGCUGGACAAGCGAAAGGAAAAUGGCAGAAGCUCGUGCGACAUGCAGGACCGAUUGGAUAUGGGCCAGAAGUACCUCGAGGAGCAGGUGAGGUUCUGGGCUGAGAGGGCUGACCGUGAAGGUGUGGAGAACGGGGAGGCGGCUGAUUGCACGCCGCUGUCCGUGGAAAUCCCCAAAAAGAUUGUCGAGCUGAGGGAAGAGCUGGAGAAGUCCGAGAAGAUGAAGAAGGAUCUGGCUGGAAUUCUGAUCAGAGCCUCGAAUGCUCAAGUCCAUGGCAGUUCCCAAGCUCAGGUCGAGAGAGAGAUGUCAGCGUUUGCAGGCUCGCUGAAGGAGCGGUACGGAACCCCCGAAGUCCGGCCUGGUGUUCCGCUCCAACGUCCAGAGUGGACUCCAUCUGCAGCAAAGGCUCAGUCAUCUCUCCGCAGCAUGGAGCUACAGGGAGAUAUGCCGGUUGAGCUUUCUACAAGCGUCACCGAGCGUCAAGACCCGGUCAGCGAGCCUUCCCGUGAGAGAUCACUUGGAAGCUGUUCGAUGGAGGGACUAAACAGUCCUGAGUAUUCUCCCGAGCCGAUCGCUCGGGAUAUGCCGGCUGAAGGAAGAAUGGAUGAGGUCGAUCCCAGCUAG